AGGCACAAUUAUCUAAGAGUCAUCUAUACCUCUCUUCUAUGUUAUCCAUUUUCCUAAUACUUCUUUAAUAUUUUAAUCCACAAGCCCGUUCAUCUCUUCCUUCCAUUAGGUUUUCCGAUCAAUCGCACGAGUUAUGGGUGGAGGAGCAGCCAUGAGAGCCGCCGCGAAAGCCGCUACCUAUGGUGCCGCAAACUCCGUCCUUCGUGGAGUCUCCCAGAUUCCAUCCGUUGAAUACCCGAUUGCCGCUGCCGCUCGCAAUAUCACUAGGCCUGUGUCGGCGAUUGUCUCAUCAUCAGAUGAAGUUGUUUUGACAGCUACCGCCCAGUCCAGCAAGAUCGAUGCAACGAAAGAAAGAUCGUAUUGGGAAUCGAACGACUGGGAAUUCGCUGGCGUCGAAGAGGAGGACUUGGUACUAGCCCAUGACGAUCCGAUUCCGAGGCUUGUCUUCGGUAGCGUGCCUACUCUUCAUGAGGCCAAAGAGGCUACUUCAGAACUGAAGGACGCUCUUGAAAAGGUGUAUAAUCUAUCUUCAUCUGGUUCUAGUGACUCCUUGGUUUCUGAAAUGUUUUCAAAGUCAGAGAGUCCAUUUGUCAUUAAGGAAACCGGAGUAACAUCAGUUUCUAAACCUGCAUUUCAAGCAUUCAAGCUUCUAUCUGAAAAUCCUGCAGCUCAGUCUGUGGUUGCAUCAAUUGCUUCUGAUCCAAGUGUGUGGCAUGCUGUCAUGGAAAAUCCAGAUCUCAAAGAGUUUCUUUAUUCUCAAAAAAGCACUGCUCCCGAUUCAGUGUCGGAGAAAGAAUGUGUUAGUGAGGUCAAGUUUCAGGAUAAAGAAGCCCCUGAGAGCGUCAAUGAUAGCUCAAAAUCUAGAAAUGGGAUAUUUGACAACGUUAAAACUCGAGUGGUAAACAUGUUAAGUGGCUUAUCAGGGUAUUUUGAGAACAUAUUUGGAGGAGAAAAGGCAAAUGCUGAUGGAGGAGAAAAGACUAAUGCUGAUGGAGGAGAAAAUGCUAAUGCAUAUGGAGGAAAAAAGGCAAAUGCUGAUGGAGGAGAAAAGGCAAAUGCUGAUGGAGGAGAAAAGGCAAAUACUGAUGGAGGAGAAAAGGCUAAAACUAAAACAAGCUUUAUGGAGAGUGUAUUGGGUGCAUCAUUUUUGGGUUUGGCGAUUAUGGUUAUUCUGGUUGUGGUUCUAAAGCGUCGAUAA